GUUUGGCCCAGUGUAAGUCGCACGUGAGAUUUGUGUCUCGUGAACUCUUACAUUCCUAAGUGAAAUUCCUUUACUUGGAUUUCCGAAAUAAUUACUCCAUCUCCGUCCAGCCCAUCACAGAAGGAGUGCAAAAUGCGGUUAAAAUGGCUGUUGUCGUGUCUGGCGGUCAUGCUGGGCAGCGGGCAACUAGCAUCGCCCGCGCAUGCGCAGUGCCGCUGUGGCCUGUUUCUCGUGACGUCACAGAAUUGGACCCCGGAUUACCUUGCGUUCACGACGGAAAAAAACUAUCAGGUGGAUUGCACCGACGCGAUGAGGGGAGGAGAAGAAUGCAAAAGAUACUGCGAAGAAGAGGUUUGGACUCUGAAUGAGGUGUUUGCCACGCAGCCUCACAUCCUACACAAAAACAACCCUAGUCAGGACCUUCCUUGCGACGUCCUGCCCGCCGACGCCUAUUCCUUCUACGCCUCCUGUGGGAGCGAGGACUGGUAUCCUACCUAUGCCCAGCUCAGCCACCCCGUCUGCUGCGACCCCAGGACAUAUGCGCCUGUCUGGUGCGAGAGCCUCCCUCCGAAGUACCCCGAAGAGGCACGGGCAGCGGGGCAGUCGGCGAUACUAGAGAGGAAGAUUGACACGGAGGCCGACCCGGACGACAUCGAGAACAACGAGAUCGAGGGGUCCACGAAACCCGCGGCGGAGGAGGACAGCAGCGCCUGGUCUUGGCUCAACAGCGCCCUCAGCUUCUUCGGCUACAAGAGCGUCGGGGAUCUCAUCAAGAACGUCGAUAUCUUCUCCAUUCCAGGGAAGAUCCAGGCAGCCAUGAAGACUUACAACGACGAGAUCUCGAUGGGUCAGUGCUACAUGGAGUUCACCACCUACAACGUCUUCAGCAGGCAGGACGGGGUGUUCGCGUCGCUCCUGCGCUCCCGCCGAGAUACGCCCGUGUCGUGGGAGGAGCAGGAGCAGGGGCUGAAGGAGGGGGAAUCCUUCGAGGGAGUGGACGGCGCGGAGGGCCGGGCCACGGCGCCUCAAGGCCAGAAUGCCGCCAUACAGAAUCUGGUCGGAGGUCUCGUGGGAAUUCUGGAAAGUUCGCCCACCACCAGACAGUACGCUGACGUCAUCAAGCAGCUGAUGCCCAUGGUGAUGCAAGUGUACAGCGCAGAGGACCCCACGUCCGCCAUCGCCACGUUCAUCACGCAGACCCUCGGCCCAUACCUCUCGCAGAUCCAGACGGCGGCGCCCCCCAAGUCCUCGAACGGCCUCGACAGUGACUCGAAGCCCGGACACUGGCCCAACCUCGGCCGCCCGCAAGCCCCCAGGCCCCAGCCCACGCAGCGCCCACGCCCGUCGGCCUCCUCGGCCUCCUCUGGCUCGCCCAUCACGUCCCUCAUUCUGGAGAUGAUCAAGCAAUACCUCACCGCCCCCUCGCCAGCUCCCGCCGCCUCGAAGCCCCGCCCUCCACCAACGCGUGCCCCGGCAGCCCCGCGGCGGCAGCUCCCCCAUCGGCGUAGGGAACAUCCUGCAGCUCCUCUUCGGCGGCUCCUCCAGGCCCCAGAGCCCCGCCCGCCCGAAGCCUCCCGUGAAGAAGCCCCAGAAGCCCCCGCAGAUCCUGGAGAAGCAGGAUGCCAAGAGCUUCGUGGACAUGGUGCUCGAGUUCAUCAGACCCGUCUUCAUCAGCAUCAUCGGCAAGGCGCCUGGAGAGAGCGGCGUCGCGUCCAUCCGAGAGGUGACGCGCCUGAGCUCGCUGGGCCGCGUGGACGACACCCUGGUGGAGGAGGUCCUCUCGCCCUACUUCUGCCUCAAGAACUACUUCGUCAACAAGGCCUGGACACUGACGGAGCGCGGCGUGAGGUCGGUCGUGGGCAAGUUCAACCCGGAGGAGAAGGCGAGGAUGAUGAGGAUGAUGCAAGAGUACUGAGGGAAAUGGAUCGGACGGAUUCGGAAGACAUUUCAGAGAGGUGGAGCGAGGCGAGAGAAGAUGAGUUCGCAGAAUGAGGAGACACAGAAAAAAAAAGAAAUAAAGGGGAGAAAGUCCAAGUGGAAGAAGGUCGUAGCUAAGAAGGUCUCGAGGAGAGAAAGUUAAGCGAGUGUGAGAGAGCGACGAACUCUGGCACCGGUGAUAGGAUGGCAUCGAAGUGCCACUUUCAAACUUCGUGUUUUUUGUCCUAGGGUUUCAUCACUUAUGGAAAUAUGGAAAUGGUGAACGGUAAAGCAUCUCUCGAUAUCGGUAAGCAUCUUUCGUGGGAGCGAAUUCAUUACGAGAAUAGAAAUCACCAUGAUAUAUAUGAACAUAAGAAAAAAAUGGUAAAGACAAGGUAAUCAAACAACCACAAAUCUAUUAGCCAAGAUCAUGCUUCCAAAUCCCUUUUCAAGCAAGGAUGAAUUAAACGGAGAGAAAAACAAAUACGAUAAAGGGGAAGAAAAAAAAAGUGAUGAAUCAUACUUCUGUAUUCAUCACUCGAAAACACACUUCCGUGUAUUAAAGGGAUCGCUUCUGUAAAUACUUUUCUCACAUAGGGAGACUCACGCGCUUUACGUGAAACUGUGGGUGACUUUUGGGCUCAGAUAAUGUUCAGGGGAAACAGACGCGGGUGCAAAGAGUGGCCUGGAGCU